AUGACUACUCCAACCGCAGCGGGGGACCUUCGACAGUUCCUCAAAGAGCUUCAAGAUGAAAAUGACCUUCUCAUCGUCAAGGAAGAGGUUGAUCCUGCCAUGGAACUAGCAGCUAUCACACGGCGGGUAUAUGAAACCGAGGAAAAGGCCCCUUUAUUUGAGAAGAUCAAGGGUCGACAGGGAAAUGGCCUCUUUCGUGUGCUCGGUGCACCAGUCGGGCUCAGCCGCGUUCCCGGCCAGAGAUUUGGUCGGAUCGCGAAGUCCCUCAAUUUGCCCUCCAAAGCAUCGGGAAGUGAGAUCAUUGACAAGAUCAAUACGGCUAGAAGUCUCCAGCCGCUGAAGCCAAACGAGGUCUCGACUGGUCCUGUGAAAGAGCACAAGAUCUUCGGAGACGAUAUCGAUCUGACAACUCUCCCGACCCCUUUGUUACAUCAGCAUGAUGGAGGAAAGUUUCUCGAGACCUUUGGUAUGCACAUUGUGCAAACACCGGAUGAAAGUUGGACAAACUGGUCGAUCACUCGGGGUAUGGUGCACGAUAAGCGCAACCUUGUCGGUCCUAUCAUCCCGAAGCAAGAUAUCGGCGUGAUCUACCAGAUGUGGAAAGACAAGGGUGAAGAUAUGCCCUGGGCAUUAUGCUUCGGUGUACCCCCAGCUGCCAUCAUGGUCGGCGGUAUGCCGAUACCAAAGUGGACCGAUGAAGCUGGGUUUAUCGGUGCUCUUGUCGGAAACCCCCUUGAAGUCGUCAAGUGCGAAACAAACGAUAUCCGGAUUCCAGCAAAUGCCGAGUUUGUUUUCGAAGGAACUGUUUCUAUCACAGAAACUGCUGCUGAGGGCCCUAUGAUGGAAUACCAUGGGCACGUUUGGCCGAACCAAUUUAAGCCAUGCCCUCUCUUCAAAGUGAAUGCCAUCACCUAUCGCGAGGACCCAAUUCUUCCGAUCUGUAUAACUGGAAGGUCAACUGAGGAAAGUCACACCGUGUGGGCUGUCAUGAUCGUUGCGGAAGUCUUGCACAUUUGUCAAAGUGCAGGCCUACCUAUUCAGAAUGCUUGGUGUCCGUUCGAAUCUCAUGCUAUAUCGUAUGUCCUGCAAGUGGAUCGCAAAAAGUUAUUGGGAAUGAAAACGAACAUGUCCGAAUUCUGCAACAAAGUCGGCCAUGUGGUGUUUGGCUCAAAGCCAGGUUGGUACAUGGGCAAGAUCUUCCUUGUUGGAGAAGAUGUCGAUCCAACAGACCUCCGUGACGUUAUUUGGGCCGAAUCGACACGAUGCGAGCCUGGCACAAGCGAAUUUCUGUUUGAUGAGUAUGGGAACAUUCCACUGAUCCCUUAUGUGGGUUACGGAACCAAGGCUGCGCGCAAUCAUAAAAAGGUCGUCAAAUGUUGCAUGCUACCUUCGGAAUUCGAAGACGAGGAACUUUCUUGGAAAGUGGGCUCUUUCCGGGGGUCUUACCCUGAGGAUGUUCAGGCUCAAGUGGAGCGCGACUGGGUGAAGUAUGGAUUUGAGAGCCUGUGA